GAUGAUUUUGGGUGGUUAAAUGAUCGAUCCAACCAACAGGUGUUGGAUUAUAUUGAAGCUGAAAAUCAGUAUUCUGAAAAAAUACUAGAAGAUACAAAACCGCUGCAGAAAUUAUUAUACAGGGAGUUUGUUUCUAGGUUAGAUGAAAGCCAAGAGUCUGCAAAAGUCGUUCUUGCAGAUGGAUGGUCAUACUAUUCUAAAAAGAUUCCUGGAAAAGAAUACAAUGUUCACUGCAGAGUCAAUAACCAAGGUGUUGAGGAAGUUUAUUUUGAUGAAAACGUUUUGGCCAAUUCGGACGAAUACAAAAACGCAUCUUUUUUUCGUGUUGGGUUUUUGAAACACUCGCCUGAUGGAUGGUUGAUAGCUUACGGCAUUGACUCUUCUGGAAAUGAGCGUUAUACUGUCUCAUUUAUGGUGGUUGAAACUAAAAAGGUGUUUUCGGAUCAGAUUAAAGAUGCAUAUGAAGAUUUCGAGUUUUCUCAUGAUGGAUCAUGUGCAUAUUAUACUGUCUUGGAUGGCUGCGAGCGUGCUUAUCAACUCAGACGCCAUUGUAUCGGCACUCUAGUUUCCAAUGAUGUGAUUCUCUACGAUGAAGCUGAUGAAAUGUUUUAUCUUUCGCUUACAACUACAUCAAACGGCAACUACAUCAUACUGAAUUCUUCUGCACAAAUCACCUCAGAGGUGCGAUAUAUUUCAGCCCAUGACAACAAUGAUCUGCCCCAUCUACUGUUUGCACGUCAAGAGAAUAUCCAGUAUAUUUGUGAUAGCCAUCAAGAUUAUUUCUACAUUCUUACCAACGAAAAUGGAAAAAACAAUUGGUUAUAUCGUAUUCCUAUAGAUCUACGUUCCCAGCGAGAACCUGUUAUUGAGCAUCGUGAUUUUGUUCUAAUUGAGGAUUUCCAACUACGACAAAACCAUCUCAUUGUAUUUGAGCGAUCUAAUUGUUUACCAAACGUUCGCAUUGUUGAUAUUACUACUCCAGGGUUUUCAAACUAUCAUUACAUUGGGUUUUCAGAAGUGGUCUACUCUUUGCUUCCAGGUUCAUUGGACGAAGAGGUUGCUAACCUGACCAAGAUUUCGCAAUUCACCACCAAUAUUUUGCGCUUUACCUACACAUCGUUUGUCCAACCCAAACAAGUCAUUGAUUAUGACAUGGAUAAGCGCACCAUGUCCGUUGUUCACGAGGAAAAAGUGGGUGGGUUGGCUGGGUACGAUCAAAACGCAUACAGCUCACGACGAUUGUUUGCUACAGGAGUAGAUGGUACUGCGAUUCCGAUUUCUAUUGUAUUUCGACGCGAUCUUUUGGGUAUGAAUAUGAAUCCGCCGCAGCUUAAUCCAGUUCUUCUUCAUUCGUAUGGUGCGUAUGGGUCUCCCACCAACCCAGUGUUUUCGUCAUCCCGCUUGUCGCUUUUGGACCGUGGCUUUAUCUAUGCUAUUGCACAUAUUCGCGGCGGUGCUGAUAUGGGAAAUGGGUGGUAUGAGGAGGGAAAAUUGGCAAAAAAACCCAAUACAUUUUACGACUUUUGUUCCGCUGGUGAACAUUUGAUCAAAGAAGGAUACACCGAUUCUUCAAAAUUGGCCAUUUACGGUCGGUCAGCAGGCGGGUUAUUGGUUAGUGCUGCUGUUACAAUGCGACCGGAUUUGUUCGAGGCAGCAUUGACAGAAGUACCCUUUGUAGAUGUAAUCAACACCAUGUUUGACUCGACCAUUCCAUGGACUGCGUUCGAGUACGAGGAAUGGGGAAAUCCCAACGAUAAGGAAAUUUACAACGUGAUGAAAACCUACUGUCCAUACACAAAUGUUAAUGGUGAGCGUCUUGCAGACUUUCAAUGUCCGCAUCUUCUCGUUAUCGGGGGAAUGAAUGAUCCUCGUGUAGCCUUUUUCGAACCUCUUAAAUGGGUUGCUAAAAUGCGC